CCCACUUGGCCGCCACCUUCCAUCCUCCCUCAAUAAUUCACCAAAAUUUUAAUCUCGUGUAUCUCAAUCUCAUCCACAUGGACCGCAUCAUUCCCCCUAUAAACCCAAACAAAAUGAAAUGUUCUCUCCCAAUAUCACGCUCUUCGUGACACCAAUCCGGUCAAGAGUUUGAGAGAGAGAUCAUCGUGAAUGGGCUUUUGCUGCAAGAACUCUGCUUCUUUCCUCCUCCUUCAAUGGCACCAAAUGUUUGCUUUCUUGUGAUCCUUUAUCGAUUACCCAUCACCGGCAUUCACCUCCUCCUCAUUCUCCUCCACUCCCUCUUAUAGCUCUUCCUUCUCACCGGUUUUCCCGGUUUCACAACAAAAAUAUACCCAGAUUUUUCUUUCAUUUCUUAGGUGUAUACAAGGGAAAAACAGAUCAGAUUUUUUUAAGGCUUUUUUUAUCUUUUAAAUUAAACAUAUAUUAAUUUUACGGAAAACCGAAUAUCUUCUUGUAAGCAUUUCUCUCUUUUUUCUUUUUUGUAACUUCUCUGUUGGGUUGGCUAGGAAAAGUGGGAUAGUGAAGGAAAAUAUUCAACUUUGGAUCGAAUAAACAGAAUCCUAGUCGAGUUCUCUCGGUUAUUAAACAGAAAAUUUAAGGAAUGGCAUCAGUGUUCUUGUACCAUGUGGUGGGGGAUCUGACGGUGGGGAAGCCAGAGUUGGUUGAAUUCUCUGAAACAGAGACGGUGGAAUCAGCUAUAAGAGCAAUAGGAGAGUCGACGGAGUGUGGCAUACCAGUUUGGAAGAGAAGAUCUCAUGUGGGAAUGAUUGAAAAAAAUGAAAUGAGACAACAGAGAUUUGUUGGUAUUUUAACUUCACUUGAUAUUGUCUCCUUUUUGGCCAGAACUCAGUGUUUGGAAGAUCAAGACAAGGCUAUGAAAGCACAAGUUUCUGAUGUUGUUGUCCCUAAUAAUGCUCUGUUGAAGAUUGUUGAUCCUGGCACCAGAUUGAUAGAUGCACUGGAGAUGAUGAAGCAGGGUGUGAGGCGACUUCUUGUUCCAAAGAGCAAGGUAUGGAAAGGCAUGAGCAAGAGAUUCUCAAUUCUUUAUAAUGGGAAGUGGCUCAAGAACAUUGAAAAUGGUAGCAGCAACAACCUCAUCACUAAUGCCAACCCCCCUUCUUCUUCGUCCACCCCCACCUACAUGCGUGACAAGUUUUGCUGUCUCUCAAGAGAAGACAUCAUCCGCUUCCUCAUUGGUUGCCUUGGUGCACUAGCUCCAGUCCCCCUCUCCUCUAUUUCCUCACUUGGUGCCAUUAACCUAAACUACAGCUCUAUUGAAGCCUCCCUCCCAGCUUUAGAAGCAACUCAAAAACAUCCCGGGGAUCCUAGUGCAGUUGCUGUUGUGGAGGUCACACCAGAUGGUCACCAUAAAAUUUUAGGUGAAAUCUCAGCCUCUAAACUAUGGAAAUGUGAUUAUUUAGCUGCAGCAUGGGCUUUAGCCAACCUCUCAGCUGGACAGUUUGUUAUGGGGGUUGAGGAUAAUGUGAGUUCCAGAUUGCUCCCCGACUUUUCUGUUAAUUCAGCAGUUCAAGAUAAUAAAAUAGUCAAUGGUGUUGGGUCAACAAGGCCAAGGAAAUUCAGUAGCAGGAGCAUUGGGUUUAAUCCAGUGAGCCCAAGUUUUGGUGUUGGCAGGAGCAUGUAUAGGGGCAGAAGUGCACCCUUGACAUGUAAAACCACUAGUUCGCUGGCUGCGGUCAUGGCUCAGAUGCUAUCUCAUAGGGCAACCCAUGUCUGGGUGACCGAAGAUGAAAAUGACGAUAUUUUAGUUGGGGUGGUUGGUUAUGCUGACAUCUUGGUUGCAGUGACCAAACAACCAGCUGCAAUGAUUCCCACAACUCGAUCAAUCAAUGAGCUUGGGACUGAAAUCCAAAGUUGAAUUCCGUCCUCCCCUCGUUUCUCCAUUGUGUAUGUCUAUGUGUGUGUGCAUGUCUUUCCUUUUUAUUCUAUCUAUUUUGGUUCCAUUAUUGCACUUUAGUAGCAUUUUAGCCCUCUUAUGCAGCAUAUUAUGCUCUAUGAGGUUGAUGAGAGAUUCGGGCUUGCAGGGGGUUUAUAUAAUGUGUUGUAUAAUUUUGCAACGCCCUUUUCAUGAAAAGAUGUCAAAACAGGGAUUAUAGUUGCUCUCCAUUCUCAUGUAUGCUAGUACUGCAAAUUUAUUAUAGUUGCAAAUACAUUAUUAAACCUGGACAAUGUUUUGAGAGCUUUUGGGAUUAUAAUCAGUUAAUCAGAGACAUCAUGAGUGUACUUCAGGCUUGGCCUUACUGUAGUUCCCACUUGAAUGUAAUACAUUUCUGGGUUUUUUGGUGCUGUA